AUGGUCAAAAUAGUAGAUGGAUCAAUUGUUAGGGAAGACAAGGAUGAGAAACCAUCCAACAUCUCACUCUCUUCAAGUUGUCCUUCAGUAAAUAAUUUUUAUAGUAACCAUUUAAACAAAAGUUCAUCUAGUAUCAAUUCCAACAACAACAACAACAACAAUAAUAAUAAUAAUAAUUCAAGUUCAAAUAUUUCACAAAUUUUAACAUCUCAACAACUACAACAACAACAAGAAUAUAGCUCAACCUCAUCCAGUUCUAGUUUAGAAUCAAACACUUCCACUACUACUACUAAGCAAACAUCGGCAACUUUAAAUUUUUUCUCACAAUUGGUAGAUAGCAUGAACUUGACCAUCCCAGUAUUUGGAUGUCAAUUAAAGCUCAACUACUUUUCAGGCUUUUGUAUUUUCAGCGGCAUGGUAUUUGGUGCUCACGGUUUACUUUGUUUACUACUCACCAUCUACUUGGGAACUUUAUUCAACACAAAUAAUACAUCUUUAUGUCAAUGUCAAAAUUGUCACCAAGUAUCGUCACCCCAAACAAACAACAACGUUGUUGAACAACCACAACAAACACAAACCAUUUCAAACAAUUCCCCACCAAGCCCAAUUUUCAAAGUGAACGGAAUGAACGAUAUUUUAAAGUCUACCGAUGAUCAAGAUGAAGAAGAUUGUACAGACAACUCGAGUUCUUCCUCGUCUCCUAGUAAAGGUUAUCAUUUGUUCAACUCUCCAACUUUAAGAAAUUCUGCAAAUUCCAUUAAUGUUUUUUCACCAAACUCGGGUAGAAGAUUAGGAUCAUCAAUUGAUAAUUCAAAAUCCUUAUAA